UCCACGCAGGAGCAUGAGGUGGAGAAGAUGUUCACGCUCAAGCCGGGGCGGCUGCCCCAGGCCGACGUCAAGAACAUUAUCUUUUUCGUCCGGCCCAAGCUGGAGCUGAUGGACAUCAUCACGGACAACGUGCUCAGGGAGGACAGGGGUCGUUCUCCCCAGAGGGACUUCCACAUCCUGUUCGUGCCGCGCCGCAGCCUGCUGUGCGAGCAGUGGCUGAAGGAGCAGGGCGUGCUGGGCUCCUUCAUCCACCGCGAGCAGUACAGCCUCGACCUCAUCCCCUUCGACGGAGACCUGCUCUCCAUGGAGUCCGAGAGCGCCUUCAAGGAGUGUUACCUGGAGAGUGACCAGACCAGCCUGUACCACGCUGCGAAGGGGCUGAUGACCCUGCAGGCUCUCUACGGAACCAUCCCGCAGAUCUUUGGGAAGGGAGACUGUGCUCGGCACGUGGCUAACAUGAUGAUCAGGAUGAAGCGUGAAUUCCCCGGGAGCCAGAACUCCAUAUUUCCUGUCUUUGAUACCCUCUUGCUGCUGGACCGCAACGUGGACCUGCUGACACCGCUGGCCACGCAGCUGACCUACGAGGGGCUCAUAGAUGAGAUCUAUGGCAUCCAGAACACUUAUGUGAAACUGCCUCCUGAGAAGUUUGCCCCCAAGAAGCAGGGUGAGGGUGGCAAGGAUCUCCCCACGGAGCCCAAGAAGCUGCAGCUGAACUCUGCAGAAGAGCUGUAUGCCGAAAUCCGCGACAAGAACUUCAAUGCUGUGGGGUCAGUGCUGAGCAAGAAGGCCAAGAUCAUCUCAGCAGCCUUUGAGGAAAGGCACCAUGCAAAGACUGUUGGGGAGAUCAAGCAGUUUGUCUCACAGCUGCCACACAUGCAGGCGGCGAGGAGCUCCCUGGCCAACCACACCUCCAUCGCAGAGCUCAUCAAAGACAUCACCACAUCUGAAGAUUUCUUUGACAAUUUAACGGUGGAGCAAGAGUUCAUGUCUGGAGUAGACACAGACAAGGUUAACAACUACAUUGAAGACUGUAUAGCUCAAAAACACCCACUGAUCAAGAUCCUGCGCCUCGUUUGCUUGCAAUCUGUGUGCAAUAGUGGACUGAAGCAGAAGGUUCUGGACCACUACAAAAGAGAGAUUCUCCAGACGUAUGGCUAUGAACACAUUCUGACCUUAAACAACCUGGAGAAGGCUGGGCUCCUGAGGCCUCAGACAGGGGGCAGGAACAACUACCCCACCAUCAGGAAAACCCUGCGCCUGUGGAUGGAUGACGUUAACGAGCAGAACCCCAACGACAUCUCGUACGUGUACAGCGGCUAUGCCCCGCUCAGCGUGCGCCUGGCGCAGCUGCUGGCACGCCCGGGCUGGAGGAGCAUCGAGGAGGUCCUAAAGAUGCUGCCAGGCCCCCACUUUGAGGAGAGACAGCAGCUACCUACUGGCCUUCAGAAAAAGCGUCAGCACGGUGAGAACAGAGUCACCCUGGUGUUCUUCCUGGGAGGUGUAACGUACGCAGAAAUCGCCGCGCUGAGGUUUCUGUCCCAGAUGGAAGAUGGAGGCACAGAGUACGUCAUUGCCACUACAAAACUGAUCAAUGGAACAACCUGGAUGAAAUCCUUGAUGGAAAAGCUGGAGCCUGCCCCUUUCUAGGGUCUGUGGUGAGACCGUAGAAGUGAGAGGCUCUGUGGGACAGAGACAU